AUGUCUCAAAUAAAAGAAGAAAUUCAAAACAAACUCCAAACAGUUGAAAGAAAUCUCAAAAACAUUGUUUUAGAAAUCCAAGAAAUUCGAGCACUUUUAAACAAUUUGGAGGUAGAUGAACAACAAUUAAAAGUUAAUAAUAAUAUUUAUGUUGAUACAAGAAGUCCUCAAAGACAUCUAGAUCAUGUUAGAACUAUUAUAUAUUCAGAUAAAUACGUUCGAUUCGGCCUAACAACCGCCCUAGCCUGUCUGCUCCUCGCCACGAACGCCUUCUCGGGCUCCUCGACCACUACCACCACCGGCGAAUCUCAGCUAGGCCUCGGUCGCGCCGUCAACGUGUUCGUCCGCUACGGUUACUUGAGUAUAUCUAUGCGAGUGGUGCCGAGGAACGACACCGACUGGCUGUUCAGGGAGCCGACGGUAAGCGUCUUCCGCGGGGUCAACAUGAUAGGCGAUCAGGGAAGGAAGCAGGACGACACAGUGGGGUUCAGGGGUGAUUUUCAUAUGGAGUUCUGUGAUAAUCUGAGGCAGUUGCUGCAGGCUUAUUUUAGGGAUUUUGCAUUUGAAAGGUUAGACAAACCUUGGAGGGCUUUUACAGCAGGCUGGUUACCUGAUACUACAGCCAGAAAUUUAGGUAUAAAUUCGUCCUUCGUCCACGGCGACCACUGUUACGUCCUAGUCCGUGUAUCUAAAUACGCCCACAGUGCGGCCCUGGCAGGCCCGGUGCCCCCAAGCGUGGCCCUCGAGGACGCCGUAGCCGACGGCGCAAAAACCCUAAAACCCGGAGACUUCGCUGGAACUGCCGAUUUUAUUAAAAAAUACGGAUCGCAUUAUGUUGCAUCGUAUUCUACUGGAAACUCUUUGUACCAGGUGUUUGUUUAUAGCAGAAGUAAAUUUUUACAAAUCAAGCAAAGGUUGAAAACUCAAGGUGUUUUGAAUUUAACAAGUUUGGAGUUGCUGAACUAUUUUUCGCCGUGGUAUGUUGAACACAUGGGUGCCAUAAAAUGUGCCAGUGGCAACAAGACUGUGGAACAGUGGGCCAAUUCCAAAUUGGGAGUACAGUAUUAUAUAUUCAGAUAUGCUAGUCUUUUAAAAUUACACAAAGACACGGCUCUCCUCAACACUCUCGAUGGAAUGUUAGGGAACGAAGCCUUAUUACAAUUAGACCUUAGGGCCCUGACCCCUGUUUUUAAGGACCCUGCCAAAAAGAAAUGGUUCCAGGAGGUCAUCGACAACCAGAUCAAAUUGUGGGAAGUCAAUAUGUGA